UAGGAUCUCUAACAGUCUGUGAUCGCUGGUCAGAAAGGCUGCCGAAGCGAAUCUCCUUGUGCAGCACACGCUAAAGGGGCCCACCCGAGGCCAAUUCCGGCACUCGAUCAGUGCCUUGCUGCGCAAAGUCGUCGACCAGGGGGGGGGGGCAAGUGACGUUGCCGCACCCAACACGGCCAGCCGCACCUCAAACACUUACGGUCACCAGUGUCGCCGAAGCGAUUCAGCUCACGCUAUGGAUGACUCCGUCAAGGUCCUCAAUGAGGCGCUGUCCUCUGUCAAGGUGCAGCUUGUGCAGAUGAAGAGGUGCCUCGACUCGGAGCUUCUCAUGGACGCUCUCAAAGCUGCGUCUACCAUGCUCUCCGAGCUCAGGACUUCCUCCCUGUCGCCCAAGAACUACUACGAGCUUUACAUGGCCGUGUUUGAUGCUUUGCGCCACCUCUCCAUCUAUCUGUACGAUGCGCACACCACCAGCAAGCAUCACCUCGCCGAUCUGUACGAAUUGGUGCAAUACUGCGGCAACAUUGUUCCAAGACUUUACUUGAUGAUCACGGUAGGCAGCGUCUACAUGUCUGUGCCCGAUGCUCCCAUCAAGGAGAUCAUGAAAGACAUCAUGGAGAUGAGCAGAGGCGUGCAGCACCCCACUCGCGGCCUCUUCCUGCGCCACUACAUGAGCGGAGCGACGAGAGACUAUUUGCCAGUAGGGAGUGAUAUGGGAUCUGGCGGCAACUUGCAGGACUCCAUCGGCUUUGUCUUGACCAACUUCAUUGAGAUGAACAAGCUAUGGGUGCGCUUGCAGCAUCAGGGACACUCGAGAGAUAGGGAGAAGAGGGAGAUGGAGCGAAAAGAGCUGCGCAUUCUUGUUGGCACCAACUUGGUCAGGCUUAGUCAAUUGGACGGCGUGGAUCUGGAGAUGUACAGGCGAAUCAUCUUGCCAUCGAUCUUGGAGCAAGUUGUCAAUUGUAAAGACGUCAUCGCGCAAGAGUACCUCAUGGAAGUCGUCAUUCAAGUCUUCCCUGACGAAUUCCACUUGCGAACCCUUGGUCCAUUCCUCUCCGCCUGCGCUCAGCUGCACCCAAAGGUCAACAUCAAGCAGAUUGUCAUCUCAUUGAUUGAUCGGCUUGCUGCAUAUGCAGCCAGAGAGGCCGAAAACGAUAGUCCUGAGGAGAUACGCAGGCAAGAGGAGGAGGCCGGGCGUCGAUUAGCGGAGAAGACCCGAGAGAUGCGCUUGACCGGUCAGUCUGCAGGGCCCAGUAGCGUCUGGGACGAAGUCAAGGCGGAAGGAGAGGUCAGGUCGGGCGCCCCUGCAAGCGCAGCUCAGCAGGAACUACUGGACGGGCCUCACACAGAGGCUCGCUCCGCUGCCCAGCCGCCGGUUGCACCCGUUGCGGAUGCUCCUCCUGUGGAACCGUCUGGCUUUGCAGUCGACCCCAACGAUGCCGCUGCUCCAAACGUAGCGACGCACAGCUCGACCGAAGCUCGCUUCUCGUCCGUUCCAGACGAGCUCAACGACAACGCAUGGGGAGAGCAGAGAGGAAGCACCGAUCCAUGGGGCGGUGCUUCAGCGUCGACCUCGGACGACUUGCACUCGAACGAAACAGGACCUAGCACUGAUGCGACAUCCGAAGACCCCGAUGAGAAUGGGACCGGAGGGCAGGAGAUGCGGUCAGACAUGUUCCCGUCAAAGUCCUUGCCAGCGAGCGGAGAUGCGCAAGAGGAUGACGGUGCGCAGCCGGUGCAAGUCGACGGAGACGCACCGACCGCAAAGGGGAAUCAGCCAGUCGAAGGCGCUGAAGCUGCUUCCCGACCGCAAGCAGCCGAGCCCGUGCCAUCGGCACCGCCACCGGCACCGCCUCGGAAGUUCCGAGGAAUUCCGGAGGAUGUCAAAUUAUUCGAGGUAUUUUGGGCCCAAGUGGUGCAGCUUAUCAGAGCGAGACCAGAUCUGUCCAUCAUGGACAUCACUGCACUGCUCGUCUCUCUUAUCAACCUCUCGCUGAGUUGCUAUCCGGACCAGCUGGAGUAUGUAGACCAGGUUCUCGGCUUCGCAAGAGAGAAAGUGGCUGAAGCCGAACAGACUGCUGAGCUCCACUCGCAAACAACGAUGGGUAACCUCAAUGCUUUGUUGCUUUCGCCCAUCAAUUCGUACCUCACAGUGUUGACGCUCUUGGCACUGCCGAAUUACAAGGCGCUUCUCCUGGCGCAGCCAUACUCCACUCGCAAGAGCAUCGCGCACGCUGUCGUCAACAGCGUCUUGAGAAAUGAGACUGUCAUGUCCACUCCAGAGGACGUUGAUGGAGUUCUAGACUUGUGCAGCAUCCUCGUUCUGGACCAACGAGAUGGGACAGCUCACCAUGCUCAGCACGCUGCAUAUGCACAGGGUGGCAACCCGUACGCCGCUCAGCAUCUGCAUAGUCAGGACCCUCGCUAUAAUGGGCAUCACCAAGGCGGGACUCCUUUGUAUGGAGGAGGCAUGGGCAGAGCCAUGAAUUCCAGGCAUCAUAUGGCUCAGUACGACCUGGAAGAGAUGGCGGAAGAGCAAGGCUGGCUAGCCAGGAUGGUCCACCUGUUCAGGUCCGACGAUCUUGAAACACAGUUCAGCUUGCUACAAACGGCCAGGAAGCACUUUAUCGCCGGCGGCGAGCGCAUCAGGUAUACUCUGCCGCCGCUCAGCGUCUCUGCGAUGAAGCUGGCGAGGCGAUACAAGUUGCGAGAAGAGAUUGAGGAAGACUGGGAGAGCAAGAUGCUCACCUUGUACAAAUUUGUCCACCAGAUCAUCUCCACGCUCUACAACAAGGUGGAGUCCUCGGACUCCUGCCUUCGCUUGUUCUUGCUCGCUGCACAAUCAGCCGACGAGACUGAGUUCGAAGAGCUCAGCUACGAGUUCUACGUGCAAGCUUUUACCAUCUACGAGGAAUCGAUCUCGGAAAGCAGAGCGCAACUGCAAGCGAUCGGACUUGUCAUAUCCACCUUGCAGACAGCACGAGUCUUCUCGACAGACAACUACGACACCUUGAUCACCAAAGCUACGCUGCAUGGAGCCAAGCUGCUCAAAAAGCCUCAUCAAGCUGCAGCAGUGCUGAUGGCCAGCCACUUGUGGUGGCAGGUCGAAGUAGCAGGCAGACCAAGCACCGAGGAAAAGCCUUUGCUGAGGGAUGGCAAGCGCGUUUUGGAGUGCUUGCAAAAGGCGCUUAGGAUCGCAAACAGCUGUGUGGAUGAGCGCAGCACAGUGGAAAUUUUCUGCAGCGCUUUGGACCAAUAUCUCUAUUACUUCGAGAGGCAAGUCGAGGCCAUCACUCCAAAGUACAUCAACUCUCUUGUGGAGCUCAUCUCGAACGGAUUGGAGUCUCUAGCGCGGGAGGACUUGCAUCCCACCUCCUCAGCCACUGGUUUCAUCGAAGGCGUGUCGGGCCCAGAAGCAUGCCAUCGACAUUUCCGAGCGCAGCUCGUUCACAUCAAGACUCGCAAGGAAGCAGCUUUGGCGCUCGUCGGCUCGGCAGACGGGGAUGGAAAGAGCCGAGGGCCAGAUUGGGGGGCUGUCAGCUUGGCAGCAAUCUCUAGCAAGCACCUGCAGUGAAAGGGACUUUAUCACCAUGCCGAGUAAUUCAUCAUCCACAAACAAUUUCAGCACACGAGCUUUGGACGAGGUCGCGCGCGCGCAAGAAAAUCAGGCGUGAGACGAGGCGGGUCAAUGGGGAUCAAUGUUACACGUGCGAGUACACAGCACCUCAAGGCAAGAGCUCAAGAGUUGUUGCGGAAAAAGGGGGGGGAAAGAAGCCCUUGUACAUCGGUAUCGGGA